UAUCACGUUCGGUAUGAAUUUAUAGACGCAUCCCGUCAAAAAGAAGCAGUUCACCCUCACAUCUGGGAACAGUUGAGCGCCCAAGCAAGGCCACUUUCACGAGACGAGAGGCCCUGGUAGAAGCCAGCGCGCAUGAGCGGCUCCCGCAGCGGGACCUCGCGGGCCCGCCUGCCCGCCCGGCGGACGUGCACGUUGCGCAUCUUCGCAGGCGCCGGGCCAGGGCCCGGCAACUCUCUAUCAAAAUUGGGGACAAAGCUCGAGGUUGCUACUAUAGGCGCCGGGUUGUGUCGCUAGUGUCGCCGGGUGCAGCUGCAGGUUAGGCUCGCCAACAUUCCCACAUACAAAUUAGCUAAUUUGUGAGAAAUACGAAAAGUGUCUUCUAAAUGUACAAUUAUUCAUAAUGUCUACUUGUAAGAAACCUCUGAAGAAAGCGCGAACGUAGACGUUAUCUUUUGUAACAUUAUGAUCCUGCCGAACUCACGCAGCAGUCACGCACGUUAAAAGUAUCGUUGGCAGCAGUUCCUGUUUUAGUUCCUGUAAAGAAGGUGAUGCAGCAGAGCGCGCCACCAUAAUGGUUUCCACCACGUUAUAUGGGAGUUAUAGGGCCCUACGCCGGGCGCGGAGGCGGCUGUGGGCACGGGCGUGUCGGUGUUAUCGUGCAGGUUGAGAAUCAGCUCGUAAAAAACGCGCGAGAAAUCGCCCUUACACGAUUUUAUGUGUUCUGUGUGGCGGCAUUCUGCUUAUAAUAAUUAUUCGGUUUAUUCUCGUUUUUACAUUUGUUCACUGUGUGUGCAAUGCGAGUAACUCGUUUCGAUUUUUGACUGUUGGGUUCAAUAGUGUUUCAGUAACGUCCUACGAGACAGAAUAAAUAAAACUCGACCUGAUGCAAAUUGUUCUUUAGGCCUAACCGGUUCGACGGACACAUUGAUUUUUUGACGUUUAUUCUGGAAAACACGUUUCUAGCCACUGAAUUUCGUAUUGGUACCUAAUCAUGUCUGCUGUCUUAGAAAAUGUUAUGGAACGUUCACUGAUUCUCAUUGACAAUCUCAGAAAUGCAAAUGAAGAAAAAUCCCGUGAGAAACUUUUGAGUGAAUACCUCGCACAAGAAAAUUCCAAAGUUGACAUUGGAGAUUUCAAAGAAGGUUUAGAAUGGUUUAAUGUAACAAAACCUUUGUCAAUCCAUAAAGAAUUGAAGGGCAAACUUGUAAUAUUAGACUUUUUUACGUACUGUUGCAUAAACUGUUUGCAUAUUUUACCCAAGAUGAAAAAAAUAGAAGAGGAGCACACUGUUGAAAAAGGUGUUGUAGUGGUUGGAGUCCACAGUGCUAAGUUUGACAACGAAAAGGAUUCAAGCAAUAUUAUGUCUGCGCUGCAACGUUAUAAUAUUUCUCACCCUGUAGUGAACGAUGCUGAAGCAACCAUGUGGAGUGCCCUAGGGAUUCCGUGCUGGCCCACUCUCCUUGUCCUGAGCCCAUUAGGAGAGCCUAUCUUUGUGGCUGUGGGUGAAAGUAACAUGCCAGAGCUUCAGUUGGUGGUGAAGGCGGCGGCUACUGUCUAUGGUGACAGGGGCGCGCUCUCCGCCCACCCGCUCCCGGUGCUGCCGCUCGGCCGCGUGGAGAGCCGAGGCCCUCUGCUGUUCCCUGGCAAAGUGGCGUCGUGCAGCAGCCCCAGUGGGCCCCUCAAUGUUAUUGGAAAAGGUACAGCUGGCUUUUGUGAUGGAGACUUUGCUACUGCAAAAUUUUUUAGUCCACAAGGUCUUGCAUUUGUGGAUUUUGAUACAUUAUAUGUUGCUGAUACUGAAAAUAAUGCCAUCCGAAAGAUUGACUUCGUGUCUCAAAAAGUAAACACAGUACUUACCAAUCAGAAAGCAGAAAAUGGAACGGAAAAUGUACUUAGUUCACCAUGGGACAUAUGUUCGUUGCCAGAUGGAAGCUGUCUUCUCAUUGCUGCUGCUGGUUCCCAUCAGUUGUGGGGGUUGUUUCUGCGAGACACUCUGUGGUGGCGUAAUACUCACAUGCCUGCUGGGACAUGUGUUCCGGUGGCUGGUACUGGGCGGGAAGAGAAUCGCAACAAUGUGUAUCCUCAUGCAGCAGCUUUUGCGCAACCUUCUGGUGUAUGUGUGGCACCAACGCUGAAUGCUGUGUUUGUAGCAGACAGUGAAAGCUCUAGUGUGAGACGCGUUGAUCUGAAAGAUGGUCGUGUAUCGGCAGUUGUUGGUGGUGGUCGAAGUCCAACUGAUCUGUUCUGUUUUGGGGAUGUUGAUGGUCGUCAGUGGGAUGUUAAACUUCAGCACCCCUUGGGGGUGGCUUGGAGUACAGUAGAAGGGGGAGCGUUGUAUGUGGUUGACUCAUACAACCACAAGUUAAAAAAAGUGUUGCCAGAAGAGCGUACUUGUCACACAGUUCUUGGUAUUGGGGUUGCCGGAGAUAGUGUGAAGCAACUUGCUGAACAGUUGAAUGAACCUGGUGGAUUGUGUGCAAGUCCAUGUGGAUCCCUUUUAUACAUUGCUGAUACCAACAACAACUGCAUCAAAGUAGUCCAGCUGCAUGCCAGUGAAAGCACUCCAAUUUCUCUUCAUAAGCUGAAUGUGAAACUGACAAAUACUUCUGCCAGCCUCCUAGCCCCUGAAAUUGCUAAAGAAGUGAGUGUGUGUGUGAGCCCUUCUGGGGGAGAGAUCUGUUGGCGGGUGGGUGUGGAGCUGCCGGAGGGAUUCGCGUUGACAUGUGGGGCUCCGCAGCGCUGGGCUUUGCAGGUGCCCAGUGCCUCUGGCUGGGUAGGAGAGCCUGCCAAUGGACAACUGUCUUCAGGGUUGGCACAGGGGAUGGUGAAAGUGCCUCCGGGAAGUUCUGCCAGUAUACAACAAGUGCUGUUUGUUGCUACUCUGUUUACAUGUGACAAUGCCAAUACUUGUCAGCGCCAAAGUACUUGUGUGGCUUUGAAUGUUAAGUAUGAAGAAGGAGCUUCAAAGCAGGUAGAGUGUAGCAUAUUACAUAAAGUGCAGAUGAAAAAAGCUCACUGAUUUGAAUGAAGGUAUCUUUGAUGCAGAAUUAUGAUUUCUUUUGAAGGAAUUGUUUAGCAGCCAGUGUUUGUUUUCGAAUGAAGGAUAUGUAAAAUGGUUUUUAAUAUCUUAAUAGGUUGUCUUAGAGAACACAAGGGUUCCAGAUGCACAAUAUUUAGAAAGUUUUAAAUGCCUUCUAACUUAUUAUUUAAAAUUAUAUUUUUUAUUUGAUUGAGUGAUAAAUCAAGGUUUGAUUGUUUAGUACCACUGAAUAUGAAGAGAUUUCAGUGGGAAAUUGUAAAUGUUUAGUUGUGGAAAGAGAGUUUUGAAAUAUUUGUGAUAAGUGAUGUGUGGAAACACAAAUAAUUUAACACUUUUGCGUUGAGUGUUGUUCAGAGGACUGAAUUUGUUUCUUAUUCUGGACUUGUAGCAAAAUAUAACAAUUCUUGCUCUCUAGUCAGACGUACUGACAAACAUUUCCCAGCUAAAAUUAUGUUUUGCUGUCCAGUGUUCAUCAUACUGAAUCUGAAAUUUUUAUGAAUUUCAUGAAUUUUCCCCCCUUAUGUUCCCCUACCUCUCACCAGCAUUAUCUACCAAAGUUCUGUAUUAAAAUCGUAUUAGUGAAAUUUUACAUCCUUUCAUAAUAUGAAUGUUUUGUUGGAACAAAAUAACAAGUUUCAAUUUAAUAUGGUAUCUUAGUCAUUAAACAUUUUCAAAAUGAACCAGAAGAGUUCCAUAGCUUAUUAAGGUAAAUAUGUAUUUAAAGAUUAAAUGAGUAAUUGGAGUGCCUUCCAGAGUGUAAUAUUUAUCAUGGAUUGCAUGAUUAUGUAUAUGAUGUAAAGACAUAUCAGAUACAGCUUCCUUUUGUAUUUUUUAUACAUGGUUUAUUAACAUCUUCAUUAUCUCUAGAAACCUGAGCAUUUUUUAUGGUUAUCAUAACAUAUUUUUUAUACAAAUAUGAUUAGAAAGCAAUUUGUUUCAAAAACAAUGUUUCACUUGUAGGAUAUGAAACUUUGUACUUUCACACUAUUGUGAUCUUAAAUGUGUACGGAGUGAAAAACGAGUCUUCAAGACCUUUUUUUUCGGAUAAAAAAGAAACAUCUUUUUGGAAGGAGAGAUCACUCUCAUGAGAUAUACUAUUAAAUAUUUUGUAUUUUGAGAGAAAAGACUUCAUGAGAUAAACGGCUAAGAAUUAAAUGAUGAAAAGAAGUGUUUUAAACUCUCGGGUGAUAUAAGCUAUGCUUUAUGUGCUGUUAAAUUAAAAAUGUGUCCAAACUAUAUGUAUAUUUUUAUUCCAUGACCAUUGCUAUUUAUUUUUCUACUCCUAAAAUCAUUAGCAUUUUAUGAAAUUAUUUUUGAGACUGGAAGAAGUACUGAGUUGCUCAAUCAGCAAUGCAAUUUUGAGAUUUGUUGGGAGAGUAAAGCUCUGUACCUGUUGAGUUACAUUUUGGACGUUUUUGUUUUUAUAAGGUGAAUGUUGUCAGCAGGUACAGUUUUGAUCAAUUUAACAGGAGUGAUUACUAUAAAAGAGAAGAACCAUGAGAAAAUGAAUGGAUUUGUUUUGCAAAUAUUUUCAUUUUAAUUGGUAAAUAUUUUCUUUUAUUUCUUAUGUAAUAUGGCAACAGAUGAAUAAAUCUUUACAUAUUAUUCACCUCCAAAUGAUUGUAUAAAUAACCAAAGCUUAAAAAACCUGUGCCUAUGAAGUGAGAAAAUAGCUAUAUAAUGCACUGGAGAUAUUACAAAACUGAUAAAAAAAAUUUCCCUUCUUUGAAUGUUUGGAACCUGAUGUAAUAUUCCCAGUUUUUUAGCACAGCCCAGCAUCUUCCCAAAGCACUCUCUGGAAAUAAAUAUUCCUUUUCUGGAGUGAAAUGCCAUUCCUCGGUAUGUCAAGAUUAUUUGCUUUGGAGCAAUCAAUAUAUCUACCAACACAAAGUUUCAAUUAGUGACUACAGUGGCAAAUUCUAAAAGGGCCACUUUUGACUUUGUCGCAUUUAUGUAGUAUUUACAGCCACAGGAAAAUGUAUUUGUUCAUUGGAUAAUUUAAAAGAAAUAUUUAUUUUAUUUCAUUGGUUUCAUAUAUGUAAUGUAUAACAAAAUAGUAUGACUUCCAUAGAUAAUACUAUUUAUAAAUGAAUACCCUGAAAAUAUGAAAAGACAAGUAAAAACAUUAAAUUUACAAUGGGUAAAAAGUAUUUGUAUA